CGGACGGACAGACAGAUGGACGAACGACGGAGGGCCGGAGACCGGAGACAGACAGGCGGACAGCGCCUCCCGGGCGGCCGGGGCGUCUUGGCUCUUCCCCUAGGCGCCCGUGGCCCCGCCCACGCCGCUCCGCUCUCCGGAUUGGGCCCACGGCGGGGCAGGGCCGUGACGUCAGGACGGGCGCGGUCAGCACCUCGGAGAGCGCCGAGCCUCGGCGGCGACAGGGGCGCGGGGGCGCGGGCCCGGCCGCGCGUGGGCUCGUCCCGGCCACAAUGGCUCUGGGCCUCUCUUCCAAGAAGGCGUCCUCGCGCAACGUGGCAGUGGAGCGCAGGAACCUCAUCACCGUGUGCAGGUCUGGUCCCUGUCCCCAGGUUCUCAGUGAAAACCUUGCUGGAGAAGUACACGGCUGAGCCCAUUGAUGACUCCUCCGAAGAGUUUGUUAACUUCGCAGCCAUCCUGGAGCAGAUCCUGAGCCACAGAUUCAAAGCCUGUGCCCCAGCAGGGCCCGCCAGCUGGUUCAGCUCUGAUGGGCAGCGCGGCUUCUGGGACUACAUCCGCCUGGCCUGCAGCAAGGUGCCCAACAACUGCGUGAGCAGCAUCGAGAGCAUGGAGAACAUAGGCACUGCUCGGGCCAAGGGCCGUGCGUGGAUCCGGGUGGCGCUGAUGGAGAAGCGCAUGUCAGAGUACAUCACCACAGCUGUGCGGGACUCACGCACCACCAGGCGUUUCUAUGACUCGGGGGCCAUUAUGCUUCGGGAGGAGGCCACAGUGCUCAUAGGGAUGCUCAUCGGGCUGAGCGCCAUCGACUUUAGCUUCUGUCUGAAGGGUGAGGUCCUGGAUGGGAAGACACCGGUGGUCAUCGACUACACACCCUACAUGAAGUUCACCCAGAGCUACGACUAUCUGACGGAUGAGGAGGAGCGGCACAGUGCUGAGAGCAGCACAAGUGAGGACAACUCACCCGAGCACCCCUACCUGCCACUUGUCACUGAUGAGGACAGCUGGUACAGCAAGUGGCAUAAGAUGGAGCAGAAGUUCCGCAUCGUCUAUGCACAGAAGGGCUACCUGGAGGAGCUGGUGCGGCUUCGAGAGUCGCAGCUGAAGGACCUGGAGAUGGAAAACAGGCGCCUGCAGCAGCAGCUGGAAGAGGCGGCAGCGCAGAACCAGCGUGAGAAGCGUGAGCUGGAGGGCGUCAUCCUGGAGCUGCAGGAGCAGCUGACAGGUCUGAUCCCGGGUGACCAUGGCCCCCUGGCCCAGGGCUCCAAGGAGCUCACCAUGCCCCUGGUCAACCAGUGGCCCUUGCUGGGGACACUUAAUGGCACAGAAAGCGCCGGCAAUCCCAAGCUUUACCGGAGGCACAGCUUCCUGAGCACCGAGCCGCUGUCAGCAGAGGCCAGCCUAAGCUCUGACUCGCAGCACCUAGGGGAGGGCAAGCCAGACAAGGCUCCUUGGGGCCCCAUCGGGAAGGACCCCACGCCCUCCAUGCUGGGCCUCUGUGGCUCCUUGGCCUCCAUCCCCAGCUGCAAGUCCCUGGCAAGCUUCAAGUCCAACGAGUGCCUGGUGAGCGACAGCCCUGAGGGCAGCCCAGCCCUGAGCCCCAGCUGAGCACGUGCAGCGCCACUCAUACACCCAACUCCCAAGAAAGCGGGCCACUGGCCCAGCCAGGGGCACUGAGUUGUGCCGCCUCAGUCUUCUGUCCCAAGAAGUGGCCAGGGACUACACUGGGGGUUCUGGCGAGCUGCUCCUCCUCCUGGUGGCCCAGAGGCCUGGCCAGUUCCUCUGCUCGCCCUCGAGGGUUAGCGCUUAGCCCCUGCUACCUGCCUCCUGUCUGCCGAGUACCCUGGAACCAGCCUUCCUCGGCCCCACUCAGGAGCUGGGGAAUGCAGCAAAUAAAGACCAGAGGACUGA